ACUAUGACGCUUGACACUUCUAACUUCAAAAAGCUGACCAUUUGUUUUCUGUAAUUUAAUAUGUCGAUUUAUAGGGUUCUCCUAACAAAACUCAUUAAAUAUUUGUUGACAAAGGAAUUUAAUUUUAAUCUACUUUGCUAGAGAUAUAGAGAUACUAAAGUACUGGGCCACCUGGAAAUCCUGAAAUUGUCUCCAUGCUCCUACCACAAAAUCCUUCUUAAGCAAUGUUUCUGCAUUUUCCAAAAACUGAAGAGAUUCUUGAUAUUCAAACAGUGGCGUAAUCUGGAAAGAAAAAGUGGCCCGGUGAUAUUAUUAUAUUUUUGGCUCGGAAUUCAGCUCGUUUGAGAUACGUAUGAUAUAUGCUGCUAAUCCAGAUAAUUGAAAUAUUAGUGAAAAAUUACUGCCCACGUAAGUGUCGACGUGUAUAAUGGCGACGUGGUUUGGAGAUGGAUUGCCAAGCUUAUCUAAUUUGAAGGGACAAAUAACAAACUUUACGAAAGAGGUUCUUUCCGAAGGCAUCGUUGAGGAAAUAGAUGAGAGGUCGAAAGAGUUAAACGAAGCAAACGAAAAAUGUGUUGAAUUACAGGAGUUAUUAAAUUCAAAAGAUGCUGAGAUAUCACUUUUACGGAGGCAGAACAUCGAAUUGCAGAAAACAGUGGUGGAAUUAAAUGCAAAACCAAGGGAACAGAAUGAGGACAGUCAAGAUGAUGGUGGAGGAGGAUUUUAUUGGGAUCCGCGAUCAGUCAGAAAUCGCGAUUCUGAAAAUCAAAAACAAACCAAGAUGCUUCAAGAACAACUUGUCCAAGCCUCCAUGAAAAUUAGUGAAUUGGAAUCUGAAUUGAAACGUUUGCAAAAAAGCAAUACUACGAAUGGCACAACCAUAAAGGAGGAAAUCGCUGAAGGCCAUCAAAAGACAGAACUUCUUCGAGCAAAACAAGACAUGAUGAAUCGCAUUAUACAAAUGGGCGAAAAGAGUCGAGAAGCAGAAAGGAAUGCCAAGCGAUUACAAAUGGACGAAUCAGCAGUUGUGAACGAUUUUCGAAUGGCAAUUUCCAAGCUUAGAUCGAGUGAGCAAUUAGAAUUAAUUAAAAGCGCGCUUUUGGCCCUCGAUACCGAAAAUGAAAAAUUAAUAGCUUCCAAGCACGAAGAGAAAUCUGCCGUUGAAGAAAAAUUGAAGAAACUUAAUUCUGAUGGUUUUGAAGCCGUUCCAUUGAUUUCUGGUUACGAAGAGAAUUCUAAUAAUUAUCAAAAAGAGGACGGUUCUCAUUUGAAGGAAGAAUUCAAUAGAAAGGAAUCCGAGUUAAAUAAAAAGUUUGAAGAGCUGCAAAAAGAAAAUAAAAUUCUGACUACGAAUAUCGAAGAGUUGGACCAACAACAUUCAGAAUCAAUUGAAAAAGUUUUAGCUUUAAAAGAAGAGCUACAGAAAAAACAUCAGUGCCUUCAAAAAGCUUACGAACAACUUUAUGUGGAUUUCAACGAAGUAUCGAAUCAAUGUGAAGUCUUAAAAUCUAAAAUUUUUAAGGAGAAGGAUAAUAUCUACACCGAGAAUUCAUCAAAAAAUAGUCUCGCCUUGCAGACUGAACCCAUUGCCGUCCAAGAAAAUUCUGUCCAAGCCAACAUUUCCGAAGAUGUAUUUUCUGAAAUAACACAAAAGGUGAUGUCAAUUUUAAAGAAUAUUUCCGUGAACGUAGAAAAAGAGGAAACAAUUUUUGAGGCUGUUGCGAAACAGUAUGUCGAUAUAAAAUGGAAGAAGGAUGUUUUGGAACGCAAGGUAACGGAAGUAACUCGAGAAUUAAAGCAAACAUCAGAUACGAAAGAAUCCUUGCAAAUGGAAUGCGAUGACAUGCAGGCGAAUAUCGAAUCUUUACUUGUUGAAAUUCAACAUCUGAAAUCUAAUUUGCCUGCAAUUCCGGAGGCGAGCGAGGAACGUGUGGCUUCUCUGGAAACCGAAACGGAAUCACUUCAGGAAGAAUUGAAAAAGUACGAAGAGGAAAUCAAAAUUUUGAAAAAAAAGAACUCGGAGUUGGUAGCAGUGAAACAAGAUAUCGAAGGAACGCUUAGAAGUCAGGAAAGUUUCGAAGCUGAAGUUGAAAAUACAAAGGAACAACUGGAGUUCGGAACACGGAAAGAUGAAGAAGCAGAAAAUUCAACAGAAAAAUUCAGUCGAAGAUUGCACGCAACUCUGGAAGAAAAUGACGAACUUAGAAAAAGAAUUGACAUGCUUGAAAACGACCAAAGACAAACGCAAGAACAGCUUACAAUGUCAUUAGAAAAGUGCAAAGGCCUCGACGAGAACAUCGAGCUAAUAGAGGAAUUAAAACUCGAUUUGGAUAACGUUAAAAGAGAACUGAAAACUUCUAACACUCACGGAAAAUUACUCGAAUCUAAUUUAUCGAAUCUUCAAGCAACUAAGGAUGAAAUGGAAAGGGACAAUAAAGUUCUAUCUCGCGAAAUCGAAAGGCUGGAGGCUGAUUUGUCAAUUUUGAAAGAAGCUCAAGAAAAAGGAGGCGACAAUGAUCUCAGCGAUCUACGAGAACAACUUUACAAGGUCAAAAGUGAUAAGGAUGAUUUAGAAUACGAUAUUCUCAAUAUGAGAAAAGAACUCGAUCAGGUUAUGAGUCAAUUAGAAAUCAAGCAGAACGAGGUGGAGAAUUUGCAGCCCGAUAACGAAAGAUUGCAGCUGGAAGUAAAUCAAUUGCAAAUGGAGAUUGACAAAUUACAGAAAGAAAACGAAACUUUUGUGGAACAACUCACAGCGAUUCAGGACGAAUCUACCGAGAAGGUGGAACUUUUAAAUACAGAGAAAACUUUAUUGGAACAGGAACACGUUGCUCUGAAACAAGAAUCAGAAAAUGACAAAACGGAUUUGAUCCAAGUGAAGAAUAAAUUGACUACCGCUGAAGAAAAAAUAAUGGAAUUGGAAAAUUCCCUCCUAAUUUUAAAAGCCGUACACGAGAGACGUCAGUCUGAGACUAUUGGCAUUCAAAAUGAAAUAGAAUUACAAAUGAAGAGUAAGCUCGAGGAAGACUUGAAACUCCUGACAUCUGCGAAAGAACAAUUAAGUAAAGAUUUAGAAGACAAGUUAACAGAGCUUCUUUCGAAGGAAGAAGAACUCUCAGUAAUUCGAGAUCAUUGCUCAAAACUGGAGUCUGAGCUUCGAAGCUCUGGAGAGAGGAGCGAAUCGACAGAAGCGAAAUUAAAAGAAAACAACGUUCUCUUGAACGAGAAUAGUAAAUUGAAAGCCGAGCUUGCAGAAGUUCAACAGAAUCUUAAAUCUUCGAUCGAAAGCAGCAAAGAAUCAGCAGCAAUGGCUCGAGAAACGAUAGAAAGUCUUUCUCAGCUAAUUAGAGAAAAGGACAGUGAAAUUGAAAAUUUAAAAACCAAGAGUUCUUCCACAAACACUGAAAUUGAAAAUGAAUUGUCUUCCAUCAGAAAAGAAAGGGAUGAGUUAGUAAAUCUCGUGCAGGUUAAACACAACGAAAGUCUUCAGUAUCAUAACGAAAUUCAGAGAUUAACCCAAUUAUUGAAUGAACAGGUAGCUAAUAUUCACAAAUUGAUCGCUGAGCGAGACGUGAAUUUGGAAGCUAUAAGAGAAAAGGAAUCUGAGAUUCUUUGGGCGCAGAAUGAGCUUCAUGUUAUUCGCCAGAGGUUGAAAGAUUUUGAGGAUUCCAGCAGCGGAGAAAAAUGUGGAAUUGUUGAGCAUUCUGCGCAAAUAGCACAGGCGGCGAUUUUGAAUGAAAAGUGCAAAGCUUUGGAAGCUGCUUUGAUUCAGGAACAGAGUAACAAUAGAAUUCUGCAGAAUCAGUUAACUGACAGUCAGAAUAAAGAGAUAAGCGCUGGGAAGGAUUUGGAGAGAUUAAGGUCACAUUUGGUUGAAAUAGAGGCAAGUUAUACACAAGAAGCUUUGCAAGCUGAAGAAAUUAGAAGGGAUUUGGAAGCCAGAUUGGUCCAGGCGGAAGAGAAAGCAAAGAAUAGUUCGACUGUUUAUACUUCAGCGAGUAUCAGAGCGAAUCAGCAGGUCGAAACGAUGCAGCAACAGAUGGCUUUGAUUGUGCAACAGAGAGACGAUAUCCAGAAUAAAUUGUCAGCCGCAGAAGAUAAAAUUCUCUCGAGUACUGCUUCCUUGUCUAAUCUGCAGUUCGUGCUGGAGCAAUUUCAAAGAGAUAAAGAUAAAGACAUUCACGCAGCGACAGAAAAGAUUCGACAUCAGCUCAACGAUUCAUACAGGAAGCAAGAAGAAUUAUCAAACGAGAUUUUAAGUCUUAAGGAACAAUUAGCAGAAGCGAAGGAAUGUUUGCAAGCUGCCUCAAGACUCAGCGAGCAGCUCGACAAAAAAAGCGAAAAAAUUCAGGAUCUGAAUCAACAAGUUGCUCAAUUAACCGUUUUGGUGAACACUGCUGAUCAGAGAAUUCAGGAAGCAAACAAAAGUGGGGAAGGAAAAGUUGAUAAAACGCUAGUGAAGAAUCUAUUUUUGGGUUACUUGACCUCACCUACGAAUGAUAAACCAUCAGUAUUGAGAGUAAUAUCUACAGUUUUGGAUUUCAAUGAAUUGGAAAGAGAAAAAACAGGAGUCAAUGGCUCGGCUUUUAAAAAUAGUUGGUUUUCGAAUUUGCUUCAUAGUGGAGGACAUCCACCAGGGAAGGAUGAAGAAGCAUCUCUGUCGGCGGCUUUUGUCAAGUUUUUGGAAAGCGAAUCUGCCCCGAAACCGCAGUUGCCAGCUCUUCCUUUAUCAAAUACUCCUUUGACGAAACCAGGGCAUAGCAGACAACAUUCUUCUUCAUCUACGCAAUCAACACUACUUUUAUCGAAUGUUACGCUGCCAACAUUUCCAGACUUUGUCCCUGCAAGAAACACUGGCUCAAUUUUAAAAGAAGUUCUGAAAGAUAGCUGAUAUUAAAAGUUUUUUUUUGGUAUUCUCGUUUGAAUAUGACGAGCACACCGUGUGGACGUCACCAAGUGCAAUCAUGGGAAAAUAAUUAAAAAGGUUGACAAAGAUGGAAACUUCUCCCGCCAACAUUAAGAAGUAUCAACAAUAUUUCGUUAUCGUUUAAUCUAGAAAAGGCUAAACAUUCUAAAACAUUCACAUAAUAUGCAAUUAUUCAUUCGUCAAGAGUGAAAAUUUUCUGUUCUGCUCUUGUUUUGGUUAUUUCAUUCUUUUUAAAGCGUGUUUUCCCCUAAAAACUGUAAAUCGCCAGCAGCAUCUUAAUUUAAAAAUGAUUAGAAAGUAAUAAAAUUAAAGUUACACUAUGCAGAGUUUACAGAAACUACAAUGAUUUGUAGAAUAGUGUAAGGAAAACGUCUUUAAUUCAUUAAAUAGUUGCAGCAUUUAAUAAAGGAAUAAGAAUCUUCAUUUUAGCGAAUGAAAUUAAAUUUGUCACAAUUUUGGAAUUUUUCAAAUUAUACAUAAAUUCUUGUAGUUUCUAAAAUAUUUAAAUAAAAAAUUUUUUUUUAAUAUAUAAACAUAUAUGUUGUAAAUUUAUGUAUGAAUAAUUCGCUAAAAUGUAUAUAAAUUUCUUUAUCUUAUUUUAUUUUUAUUUCAAAUGUUAGUAAAUAGUUCGUAGACAUAUCUAUAUUUUUAGACAAUUAAGAUUUGUAAAUUAAAAAAUCAGAACGACCUCGAAUUUAGAAUU